AUGUCGUCGGUUCUGCCCUUCCAUUUUGAACCUGAGCGAAAAAGUGACGUCACUGUAGAAGAUCUUCACCCUGAGAAGCACGGUCCCCUCCAUGUUAAACAGGAGGAGGAGCCCGAGAUGCUGUGUAUCAAACAGGAGGCGGAGCUAGAGACCCCCUACAUUAAAGAAGAAGAACAGGAUGAUGAAAUCCCUAAGUUUCCAAUGUGUGUCAGUGUGAAGAUCGAAGAAGACGAAGGUCCAAGCGAAGAGCGCGGAUCAGCGAAACAUCCGAAUGACAGCUCAUUUCAGCACCUGACAACAAAACGAGAGGGACAAUCGCAACCGGACGGCCUCUUAGCUCCGCUUUCGGACAGCAACGACAUAACAUCACACUCUUCUGACUUUAACUCUGAUGAGGAGGAGGAUGACUUUAACCAAAAUGCUUCAAAAUCCUUAAACAAAUCAUCGUUGAAAACAGACACUCAAGAAUGCGCAUGUCCCACAGGCGUCUCUGUUGAAGAUCUUCACCCUGAAAAGCAUAAUCCCCUCCACUUUAAACAGGAGUCAGAGAUGCUGUGUAUCAAACAAGAGACAGAGCCAGAGACCCCUGACAUGAAAGAAGAAGACCAGGAAAUUGAAAUCCCCAAGUUUCCAAUGGGUGUCAGCGUGAAGAGCGAAAAAGAUGAAGGUCCAAGCGAAGAGAGCGGAGCAGUAAACCCUCCGAGCGACAGCUCAUUUCAACACGUGGCAAAAAAAGGGGAGGGAAGAUCGCAACCGGACAGCCUCUUUGCUCCGCUUUCGGACAGCGACGACAUAACGUCACAUUCUUCUGACUUUAAUACUGAUGGGGAGGAUGAUGACUUUGACCAAAGUGCUUCAAAAUCCUUAAACAAGUCAUCAAUGAAAAGAGACACAAAGGAAUGCACAGUUGGGAAACCUUUCAACUGCACACUUUGUGACAAAAGAUUUACUCGGAAUUCUACUUUAAAUAGACAUAAGCGUACACACACUGGAGAAAAGCCCUUUGCGUGCACGCUUUGUGAAAGAAAAUUCUUUACAAAGUCAAAUUUAGACAUUCACACAAGAACACACACCGGAGAGAAGCCUUUCGCCUGCACACUUUGCGAUCGAAGAUUUUCUCAAAAGAUUAAUUUAGAACAGCAUCAGUAUACACACACCGGAGAAAAGCCUUUUGCCUGCUCACUUUGUGGUGAAAGAUUCGCUCAGAAAAGAAAUUUAGUAACGCACACAAGCAGACACACUGGAGUGAAGCCUUUUGCCUGUACAUCUUGCGGUAAACGAUUCACCCAUAAGAGGAGUUUAAACAAACACACACGAAAACACACGGAAGAGAAACCUUUUGCAUGCACACUUUGUGAUGAAAGAUUUUACCAGAAGCCUCAUCUAGAAAAGCAUACGCGUAUACACACUGGAGAAAAACCUUUUGCCUGCACAUCUUGCGGUAAACAAUUCACCCAUAAGGGAAAUUUAAACAAACACACACGCAAACACACUGGAGAAAAGCCUUUCGCUUGCACACUUUGUGGUAAAAAAUUCGCUCACAAAAAAAAUUUAGUCUCGCACACAAGAAGACAUACUGGAGAGAAGCCUUUUGCUUGCAGAGUUUAUGGUGAAAGAUUCGAUCACAAAAAAAAUGUAGUCAUGCACGCAAGAAGACACACUGGAGAGAAGCCUUUCGCCUGCACACUUUGUGGCAAAAGAUUUUCUGAGAGGGCUUAUUUAGAAAAGCAUAAGCGUACACACAUUGGAGGGAAGCCUUUCGCCUGCACACUCUGUGGUAAAAAAUUCGCUCAGAAGACUUAUUUAGAAAAGCACAAGCGUAUACACACUGAAGAGAAGCCUUUUGCCUGCACACUUUGUGGUAAAGGAUUUACUCAGAAGGGACAUUUCGUAGUGCACACGAGAAACCACGCUGGAGAGAAGCCUUUUGCCUGCACACUUUGUGGUAAAAGAUUCGUGGAUAAGGGAGGUUUAAACAAACACACGAGCAGACACACUGGAGAGAAACCUUUCGGCUGCACAAUUUGUGAUAAAAGAUUUCAACAGAAGGCUGAUUUAGAAACGCAUAAGCGUACACACACUGGAGAAAAGCCUUUUGCCUGCUUACUUUGUGGUAAACGAUUCACAAAUAGGGGAAAUUUAAGCAAACACACAAAAAGACACACCGGAGAGAAGCCUUUCGCCUGCACACUUUGUGACAAAACAUUUUCUCAAAAGACUGAUUUAAAAACGCAUAAGCGUACACACACUGGAGAAAAGCCUUUUGCCUGCAUAUGUUGUGGUAAACGAUUCACCCAUCAGGGAAGUUUAAGCAAACACACACGCAUACACACUGGAGAGAAGCCUUUCCCCUGCACACUUUGCGAUAAAAGAUUUUAUCAGAAGGUUGAUUUAGAAACGCAUACGCGUACGCACACUGGAGAAAAGCCUUUUGCCUGCUCAUGUUGUGGUAAAAGAUUCGCUCAGAAAGGAAAUUUAGUAGCGCACUCAAGAGUCCACACUGGGUAA